UUUCCCUUCCCAGCCCCUCCCAGGCCUUUUCCGACCUCCUGCGCUCCUGCCCAGCGCCGCCGCCCGCGCCGACGUGGCGGUGCGCACAGGUCGCGGUCAGGUGGUCGGUGACGCCCGGGACCGGCUCCCGGGAGGGCGGUGCCAACGCCCGGGGUGGGGACUGCGCGGCGGCCGCGGGCGGAGCGCGGAGCGCGGAGCGGCGCGGAGGAGCGCGGCGGGCGGAGCGCCGGGAGCGAGGAGGCACAGACAUGGACCACGGCGAGCAAGUUCUCCUGAAGACAGAGCCAGUGGCCGAGGAAGGGGAGGAUGCUGUCGCCAUGCUCAGUGCCCCAGAGAACCUGUCAGAGGAGGAGCAAGACGAGCUGAGACGGGAACUUGCCAAGGUGGAAGAAGAAAUCCAGACCCUGUCUCAAGUGUUGGCGGCAAAGGAGAAACAUCUCGCAGAGAUCAAGCGGAAACUUGGGAUCAGUUCACUUCAGGAAUUCAAGCAGAACAUCGCCAAGGGGUGGCAAGACGUCACAGCGACCUCCGCAUACAAGAAGACAUCUGAAACCUUGUCUCAGGCCGGACAGAAGGCUUCCGCUGCGUUUUCAUCCGUUGGCUCCGUCAUCACCAGAAAGCUGGAAGAUGUAAGCAUACGCUCCAUCCAACAUUCGAUUAGCAUGCCUGCUAUGAGAAACUCCCCAACUUUCAAGUCAUUUGAAGAAAAGGUUGAAAACUUAAAGUCUAAAGUAGGGGGAACCAAGCCUUCCGGCGGCGAUUUUGGAGAAGUCCUGAGUUCCACAGCAAAUGCUACCAGUUCCACGACCUCGGAGCCACCUUCAGAACCGACGGAGGAGAGUCCCUGAGCUGCUGACCGUUCUGCUGCCCACUGCCAGGUGCUGCAAGCGAGACCCAGGCACAUCUCGUCAGUGCUCGCGCCGCAGAUUUCUACCAGAUGUGCUUUUACGCAGCUUUACUUCUUUCUUUGACCAAAUAGUUUGUAAAUUAAACAAAGUGAAAGCACCUUCACCUCCACUGCAGGGAAACACCCUUCUAGCGUUUGUUCGCCGAGUGCUCGCCGAGUGCCCGCCCUUCCCGGAGUGUAGGAGACAGCGGCACCAAGCCUCUGGCAGUCCCGAGGCUCUCACCCGAGUGACGGGAGGCUGCAGGUGACCACCGUGCUUCUAAUUUACAAAAUCACUCUACAUCUGGGGUUCUGGUUUGAUCCUUUCCUGUGAGUCAUCUCUUUCGUUUUUCGAGUCUCUGUGUACUUGAUUUCUAACUUAAAAUCGUUCUCUUCUAAAUUCUGGUUAUUAAAAGAUUUGGGAUCAUUUUGUUACUUUUAAAGGAGAAACCACCAGCUACUUUUUUUUUUUUUUUUCUUGGAUAAACAGUUUUUGUACGAGGACCAUAUCUUGGGUUUGUGAACACACCAGACUAAAGUAAGCAGGCGUGCAUGUAUGUCAGUACUUCUAUACGUUAGAAACAUACAGAAACCAAAACUUCCAGUGGUAUAAGUAUAGGGUCCCCUCCAUAUCCUUGGUAAUUAGCAACCACCAUUUCAAUAUAUUCAUUAUUUAUUAUGCUACUCAUACACUUUUUUUUAUAAGAUUAAAAUUUAAUUUCAGGUAAAUUGACAAAAUAAGAUUGAGUCAAACGUGCUUUUACUGUAGGUUGAAAUGUGGCCACACUCUUUGGUCACUGGUCAUUCCAAAAGUCUAAAAGUCUUUGGGUGUAGGUAGCUGUAAAAAAAAUGCUAAAAUAGAUCACUGUAGGGGGAUUGCUGCCUCCAUUAAAUCCAUUGAGCACUCGCUAGGAAGCACAGAAAGUCCUACGGGAAAUACAACUUGAAUAUUUUUUUAUACUAAGGUAUUGUUGCUAGCUCGGAAGGAUGUAAGGCAUUCAUACAAAUAGCUCCUCGUUGUGUAGUUGUUUUCUGUGUUAUCGGUGUAAGAUGUACUACUGUAAACAUUGCCCCUGCUUUGAGAACUCUUAGGGCUUGUGAAUCAAUGCUUCCAGAUGUCUCCACUAAGCUCCUCUAUUAAACUGUGGUAACUACUGACUCACUACCGUUUCCUUUUGCAGUAUGUGUUUAUGGCCCAGGAGGUUCUGUGUGUUAUUUAUCUGUUGUGGUUGUUUUAUCAUUGCCCAUGCCAAAUGUUAAUUGCCAAGCUUGGAGUGACCUAAAUCAUUU